AUGGGUUUUAAAACCCCUUGGUUCCAGCUUUUAUCUGUGUGUCUUUUCGUUUCUACCGUUGCCUACUCAAAGCCUCUUCCCUUCAAGUUGACUUCAGAGGAUUGUGCCGAAUCUUGCAACACUGCCAAAGAAGGAAUCGUACACAAAAUAGUAGCCAGAGAUUUGAGGGAAGAUCAAAAGCCUUCUGAAUAUCAGAGUGAUUCAGAUAUAAAUCACGAAGAACAGAAUAUUGCCUCACUUAGCGACUUUGACAUCGAAGAAAUUGAUGGCGAUGAUGGUGGAGCACAGGAUGAGUCGGCCAAUUCAGGUGAUGGUUUUAUUGACAUAGGUGGGGCACACUUGGAUAAGACUGUUGAUGAUGAAGAUGCUGAUGAUGAUGCUGAUGACUGGACGACUCACCUCGAGCUACCCAUUAAGGCUAUUAAUGACAGUGUGGAUGACACUUUUUGGGGGAAUGAUGUUGUCAUUGAUGAACUAUCUAAAGAGACGCAUAAAGAUGAUGAGGAUGAUACAUCUGGAACUGAUGAUGAUGAUACAUCGGGUCGUGAUGAUGAUUAUGCAGCCGAUAAAGUUGAUGAUGAUAAGAGCAACGCUGAAAUAGAUGAUGAAAUUCUAGACAGUGACGACGAUGAUGACUCUUAUGAUGAUGACGAUGACACAUUUGAUGUCGACGAUGAUGCUGAUGAUUACGAAAGCAACGCUGAAGAGACGCAAGACGAAGAUGAUGGCGACAGUUACGAUGAUGUUGUCAACCUUGACCACGCGACCAACUCGCCUGAUGAUGACGACACUUAUGAUGAUGUUGUCAACCUUGAUCACAUGACCAACUCACGUGAUGAUAAUGACGCUUAUGAUGAUGUUGUCAAUCUUGACCACGUGAUCAACUCGCCUAAGGAUGAUGAUGACACAUUUAGAGUUAAUAAUGUUGUCGAUGACAGCAUCAAAUUGCCUGACCAGACGACCAUCGAUCCCACCAAUGGCAAUGGAGUUGAGGGCCCAAUACAAAUCCUUGAGGAAAACCAUCCGCACGAUCCUAAACCUGGUCAUAAAUCCAAAUUUACUCAACAUCAUAACCCCUUAAACAAACACCGAGACUCAAAACUAGGUCGUCUGCUGACGAAACACAAAGACAAUGGAUUGACAAGCAUUAAGUCUGGCAAAAACAAUCAUCAUAAAGACAUCUACAAAGACGAAGAUGAUUAUAACGACUUUGAAAGUCAAACAAGGAAACACAAGUUCCCAAGACACAAGGGAAGAAGAACGCUUUCUGUAGACGAAAAUCCAGACUUCGAACACGUAGGUAACCGCGACGACGUCUCCGGUACUGAAGAUCAAGAAAAUUUAGGGAAUUAUGUUGAAGGAAGCGUAGACAACUAUGACAAAGCAGAGACGAUAGUUGAUGACAAAGAAUCUCCAGCUCUUGUUCAAGAAGAUCAAAUCGAGGGACAAGGAGAAGAAGAAGAAGAAGAAGACGAAGUGAAAUUCGAUGAUGAAAAUGUCCCUCAUUCUCGACGAGAAGCGGCGAUUACCACAGAAGAUUUGUUGACCGACAGUGGAGAUCAGGACAAUAUGGUUUUAUGA